UUUCACUGCUGGUCAGUUCUCUCCACCAGCAGUACUAUCCCCUCAAUCUGCUCGUGUCAUAACCCGAUCACCCACCAUCAUGUCCUCUACCACCCCACCCUACGAAGUCACUCUCGAGAACGUCGCCCAUGUCCUCCAGAAUGACACCCGGGUCAAGCUGGCCGGUGUUGACGUCGAUGGCAUGCUCCGCGGCAAGCUCGUCUCCAAGAAGAAGUUCCUCUCCAUCGUAGCUGAUGGCGGCUUUGGCUUCUGCUCCGUCAUUUUUGGCUGGGAUAUGCAUGACCGCACAUACUUCAAGGAAUUGACCAUCAGCAACAAGGAGAACGGGUACCGCGAUCUCGUGGCAGUUCCGGAUCUGAGUAGUUUCCGUCGCAUUCCGUGGGAGAAUAAUGUGCCAUUCUUUCUGGUCAGCUUCUUGGACCCUGAUACGAAUGAGCCGGUCUGUGCUUGUCCGCGGGGGCUAUUAAAGUCCGCUCUGGGGAAGGCGGAGGCUGCGGGGUAUCGUGCCAUGGCGGGGGCGGAAUAUGAGUUCUAUCAGUUCCGCGCGCCAGGAACGCAUUCGAACCCCGAGCGCAAUGCGUCGGCCACGGCAACCUUCCUCAAGGAGAACCCCGUCGAGUCCCUGCCUCCGCUGACGGAGGGCAUGUUCGGGUACAGUCUGACCCGUCCUAUCCACAACCAAGACUACUAUUAUGGAGUGUUCGACGCGUGUGAGCAGUUUAAUUGUGAAAUCGAGGGUUGGCAUACAGAGAGCGGUCCUGGUGUUUAUGAGGCGGCGCUACAAUUCGGAGAGGCCAAAGAAAUGGCCGACAAAGCUGGUCUUUUCAAAUACGUCGUCAAGUCGAUCGGCACCAAGCACGGCAUCACACCCACCUUUAUGGCCAAGCCACGCGAGGGUUUACCCGGGAAUAGCGGACACAUGCACAUCUCACUGGUCUCGAGCGAUGGGAAGAAUGCGUUCAUCCGCGACACGCCCGACCAAAAUCCGCCAUAUCCCGAUGUGGCUUAUCUCUCCGAUCUAGGGCGACAUUUCCUAGCCGGGGUCCUCACUGGUCUUCCUGAUAUCAUGCCAAUGUUUGCACCCACGGUGAACUCUUACAAGCGGCUGGUGGAGAACUUCUGGGCGCCGGUUACGGUCUCCUGGGGACUUGAGCAUCGGGCGGCCUCGAUUCGGCUUAUCACCCCACCUACCGCGAGCGCAAAAGCAACCCGGCUAGAGGUGCGUGUACCCGGGGCUGACGCGAACCCGCAUUUUGUUUUAGCAGCAGUUGUUGCAUUGGGGUGGCGGGGUGUGGAGAAGAAGCUGGAGAUUCCGGUUCCGCCGCUGUCUAAGGGCGAGGAUAUGGGCGGGGCAAGCGAUAAGGGGGUCCGAUUAGCCAAGUCGCUGCGGGAAGCCACGACGGCGUUCAUGCGCAAAGACAGUGUCGCACGGGAGGUCUUUGGCGAUGCGUUUGUGGAGCAUUUUGGGGGCACGCGGGAGCAUGAAGUGCGCUUGUGGGAGGAGGCCGUCACGGAUUGGGAGGUCCGACGCUAUAUUGAGACGGUGUAACCGGAUGGACGGAGCUGCGUGUACAGGCCAGCAGCUGGCAGAUUAGAAGCCCGUGUUACCUUGUUAUUUUGAUUUCCCUGUUUUGCCCAGACUGGUCCAGAUCGGACGGUACAGAUUGGCUGCAGACGAAUCCGUGGCAACCCGAGCUGGAGCUGGGGUCGGGAGAGCACAGCGGGAGUUAGAGUUGACAGCGAUCACAUGCGUUCACAUGUGGAAGCGAUGACUGGAUGUACUUUUGAUCCUUGUUUCAUAGUAGGCGUAUAGCAUGUGCGUAGCGAAUUGAACGAGCAU